AUGGAUGUUCAACAGCUGUUCACAAAUCUCAAGAAGGAAGCCGAGUGUCCACUGUGCCUAGAAACAGUCAAAGAUCCUAAGACACUACCAUGUUUGCACUCAUUCUGUCUGCGGUGUAUCGACAAACACGCAAGAUAUGCAAGAAGAAAGUUAGAAACGACGAUCAAAUGUCCAGUCUGUCAGGCUUGCUUUCAGAUCCCUGAAGGAGACACGUUUGGUAGCCUUCCCACAUCUUUUCAUCUCAACCGAUUGGUGGAUCUCCUCGCUCUGAGAGAUGGCAGCCACGAGUCUCAGAGAUGCAGCAGUUGUGAAGAAAACAACACGGCGACUUGCUACUGCUUUGUUUGCCAGACCUUUCUUUGCAAGGAUUGUUUUAACGCUCAUCAGCGCCUGAAAGCCACAAGAGGUCAUCGCAAUGUUUUGAUCGAAAAUUUGCAAGCGCAAGAUGUGGAGGAGUUGAUGCACAGGCCCGCCAUGUGUGCAAAGAAAUAUCACGAGAAUGAACCGCUUGAUUACUAUUGUCAAGACUGUAGCGUUUGUAUUUGCCACAAGUGCAGUAUAGUGAGUCAUAAUCGACAUUCUUUAGUAGACUUACAGGAGGCUGCCGAAGAACAAAAGAUGCAAAUGACACAAGUUUUUGCCAGAGUUAAGGAAAAACUUGUUACAGUGCAAUCUAAGAUAUCGGAGCAAACUGAACUGAUGAAAAAAAGCGAAGAAGAAAUCUGCAUCGCUGAAGAGAAGGUUACGAAAACUGUGCAAGAAAUUAUUCGAGUUACGGAUCCUUCACAAUCAUCGGCAGAAGGAAGAGGUUUAAUCGAAGCACCAACAAACAAUGAAACUAACUUUACAGUCACUACGCGAGAUUCAAAGGGAAGUCAGUGUUAUAAUGAACAUGACCAACUGACCGUAAUAGUCCGCUCUCAAAAGGGAGAAGAGGAGGAAACCAAAAUUGAUGACUGUAAGAAUGGAAGCUACGUAGUGCGUUACAAGCCAAAGAGUGGUGGCUUACGUGACAUUUCUGUUGAGGUUAAUGGCCAACCGCUGAGUGGUAGUCCUUGGAGAGUUCGGGCGACUGGUCAUCAGUACAAAGCUAUUCAUUCGUUUAGAUCACAUGGAGGACCAGGUAGCAUUGCAGUGAAUGAAAGAACAGGAAAGAUUGCCAUAGCAGAUUAUUUUAAUCGUAGAGUUCAGUUGUUUGAUCGUGAAUGUAAAUAUCUGAGAACAAUAGGAGACAAGGGACUUGAUUCUGAGAGAAUUAAGUAUCCUCUUUCGGUGGAAUUUACAACAUCGGAUGAAGUCAUUGUCAUUUAUGAAGAACCUUUUAAACCGAGUAAGAUGUUCUUAUUCACUGAACAUGGCGACUUCAUUAAAGUCAUCAGUCAGAGUUUGAUAAAUCCUUUGUCUGUAUCUGUCAGAGAUGAUGGUCAGAUGAUCUUGUGUGACUCGGGCGACAAGUCGGUCAAGGUCCUCUCCCCUGACGGAACAGGAUUAGUACAGUCCUUCAAAGGACCACACAGUCUUGAUUACCCGACUUCUGCUGUUUAUCAUGAGAACAAGUUUUUUGUCUUAUAUAAUUUACAUAACUAUGUUACAGUGUUCAACAACGAAGGACUUUAUCUUUACGAUAUUGGCAAGGAGGAGUCUGUUGUUGGAUCGCUUGGAAGAUUCACCAUUGACGCGUUUAACAACCUGAUCGUGUGUGACAAUGAUAACAGUAGUCUUCAUGUAUUUUCUUUAGAUGGAAAAUAUAUUAAUUCGUUUAAUGAAGGAAAUAUAUCUCCCUGGUCCGUCGCUGCUUUUGAAGAUAAUAAGUUGUUGGUUUGCGAUUAUAAAAAUCGUGUAAUCCAUGUUUUGCAGUAGAAUCUGAAUAUUGCGCAGCAGUUAUUCUGAUGUGAUUCUUUCAGCGUGAUAAUUGCUUCUUUUUUUUGUAGUAAGUUAGGACCUUUUUUUUUCACAGCCGAUGAAAUAUUCCUCGCGGGCUCAAAAAAAAAGAAAAAGAAAGAAUAGAAAUUGGACUUGUAAAUAUUUUAAAGACAGCUUUGUUUUAGUUUUGUUUUGUUUUAGUUGAUGCCUUUUUUUUUUGACGUUUGUCUCCAUUUAUUGGUUGUAUUCGAUUAUCUUUCAGAGUAAAAAAUAAAGUGUUCUUUGA